AUGUCACGACUGCAGACCCGGACAGCGAAUUCAGAAUCCUCGAUAUGGCGCGAUCUUCCCGAAAACACGUUUCGUCAACACCUGGUAGACCUUGAGAAAAUCACAAACUCGGUGCCAGUCGAACCACAGACUUUUCCUCUUGUUCAAAGUGAUGAACUGAAGGAAAUUUACACUUUGCCAUUGAGUGUAGAGCAGCAAGUUGCAGAUGAUUUUGCAUUCUUGGCUGCCAUCGAAGAAGGAGCACAGAGUGUUGCGGCUGUGUGUUUGGAAGAGCAUCUUCAACCAGCUCGACUGACAGUACGGUUUGCGGCGCUGGACCUCUCGCUGAACGAUCAGGUCAGGGAUGCGCUGAACGCAAUCACGCACACCCUCAGUACAGUAUCCGAGGUCGAUGAUACAGCACGCACAGAAGAGUUGUUUUCACAAAUCGUGGACUUGCAUUUCCGAAGACUGCUCGCACGGCUGAGAUCGACCAAGUGGGAGAAGCCAAAGUAUCUGUCUAAACAACACAAGAAGCCUCUUUGGCAGGACUUUACGAAUCUUCUCCAUCGGGUACAAUUCGUUUAUACCAAGAAGGAAGCGGUGUUGAGACGUUCGGUGGAAGCUCAAGUGCAGCAACUCGCUGCCAUCUAUGAAAGCUUCGAGGCAGUCGAAGCAGCAUCUCAGGAGGAGCAACGCCAUCCUCACGCACUGAUCAAAGCGAGUUACGGGUUCUGCAAAACAAGGGAUAUCGCAGACUUUGCACAACGAUUGGAAAACAGCAUCACUGCAUCGCCGACGCCCAAAGUUGCUUCUGCCAUCAAGUGUCUGCGUCAAGUAGAGAAAAUCGGGGCAUACUGGCGCGUCACCACAUCUUUGAUUGCACACAGUAUACGGUAUCCAACUUUGUUUGGGUCAAAUCUGCAACUGGCAUUCUUGACGCCAUAUGAGGCUGUGGCUACAGAUAUCGGACACGAGGCUUGGGCGAAAUCAUGCCAUGUACACGCAGAAGUGCAAUUGGCUGUGCACUACGACUUGAUCUCUCAACACAACACGCCUUCAACAUCUACAUACCUCACUCCCCGAGUGAUAGGGACAUCGAAAUGGCUUUGCUAUCUCUGCUGGAGGUUUUUAAUUGCUCAUGGGGGCUUUGCUGUGGUAAACACGCAUGGGAGAUUGUAUGAUCAGUGGACGAUACCGGACUUGGAGGACUAUGGGGAUGAGAUGUGUAGGAGGUAUCGUGGUAUUGUGAGGGAUAUUGAUGCUGAGGUUGUUAGGGAGAUGGGGGAGACUGGGCAUGAAGAGGCAGAGUCGAUGGUGAGGUGGCGGGCUGAGCCCAUGACGAGUAGGCAGAAUCUGUUGGAUGUGGACGGAAAAUGCUGA